CACUCCCAACAGAAUAUUCCUAAACGCGUAACCGAACGUAGCUUCGUCCAUCUCUCCGUCUUUUCUUCGUCGCGAAGGCAAUCAGAUCAUCUAUCUUCCGAACUCGAUAUCCAUGGAGGAAUCAGAGUUCCAGGAUCUCUCCGACGACGCUGAUUACGCUGCAUCUCAGCAACAAGGUUCGGCGAGCAUGAUGCGGUGCGAUAGCGGGAAGAGAAGCUCACCGAGUGAACAAGAAGGUGGUGAAAUUGUGUAUUUAAAGGAUAAUGUUGCGAUUCAUCCGACCCAGUUCGCAUCCGAGAGGAUUAGUGGGAGAUUGAAGUUAACUAAGCACGAUUCUGUCCUUUUUCUGUCGUGGAUUCCGUACAAAGGGCAAAUCUCAAACGCAAAGGUCACGGAUAAAGACAGGAAUCUGUAUACCAUUAGAGCUGUGCCAUUCACGGAAGUGAGGUCCAUCAAGCGACACACUCCUGCUCUUGGAUGGCAGUACAUAAUCGUUGUGUUGUCAUCUGGGCUUGCAUUUGCACCUCUGUACUUCUACAGUGGAGGAGUGAGGGAGUUUCUUGCCGUUGUAAAGCAUCAUGUUUUUCUUGCAAGGUCAGCAGAAGAUGCAAAUGUGUUUCUUGUGAAUGAUUUUCGAAAUCCAUUGCAGAGAACUCUGUCUUCUUUAAAGCUGCCAAGAUCACUCCCUGUUGCAAGUGGACAAUCUUCAUUCCCAUCGGUUGGGGAGUCAUCUUCUAAUGAAAAUCUGGGGAGAACAAGUUCCGAUGUCAGUGACAAAAAUUCUGUUGCUUCCCAGUACGGUGUAAGGAAGCAAAAGAGUCAUGAUCUUUCUAUCCAGCUUCUCGAGAAAUUUUCCCUUGUGACUAAAUUUGCUAGAGAUACAACCACACAGUUAUUCUCUGAGAACAAUGGCUUCAGUUCCGCUGAUAAGAGAUGGAAUAACCAUUCCACCUAUAAUUAUCCCGAAAAGUUGUCCAGUGUUGGUUACCCUGAAGUUCCUGAAAGUCUUCAUAGUCACCCUGAAAAAGAGCCUGCUCAGGCUGAAGAAAUUCCAACUGAUGUUGAAGUUCCUGCAGAUCCUUUAGAGUUUAAUAAGAUGAGUUUGGUAUGGGGAAAACCAAGGCAGUCACCUUUGGGACGUAGAGAGUGGGCAGCUUUCUUGGAUUCUGAAGGACGGGUGAUGGAUUCGAAGGCUCUUCGAGAUAGAGUUUUCUAUGGAGGCAUUGAGGAUGCAUUGCGAAGAGAGGUCUGGCCCUUUCUCUUGGGAUAUUAUGCCUAUGACUCGACAUAUGCAGAGAGAGAAUAUCUUCGAUCUGUUAGACGGAUGGAGUAUGCAACAGUAAAACAACAGUGGCAGAGCAUCUCUCCUGAGCAAGCAAAAAGGUUUACAAAAUUCAGGGAGAGGAAGGGUCUUAUAGAUAAAGAUGUGGUAAGAACAGACAGGUCACUUGAAUUCUUUGAUGGGGAUGACAAUCCAAAUGUUAACCUCUUGCACGACAUUCUUUUGACCUACUCUUUCUACAAUUUUGAUCUGGGUUACUGUCAGGGAAUGAGUGAUUAUCUGUCUCCCAUCUUGUUUGUGAUGGAGGACGAAUCAGAAACCUUUUGGUGUUUCGUGGCUUUAAUGGAAAGGCUUGGGCCCAAUUUUAACCGUGAUCAGAACGGCAUGCACACUCAGCUAUUCGCACUCUCGAAGUUGGUGGAGUUGCUCGAUAGCCCGUUGCAUAAUUACUUCAGCCAGAACGACUGCUUGAAUUACUUCUUCUGUUUCCGCUGGAUCCUUAUUCAGUUUAAAAGGGAGUUUGAGUAUGGGAAAACGAUGCGGCUAUGGGAGGUAUUAUGGACUCACUACCUCUCCGAACACCUUCACCUAUACGUAUGUGUUGCAAUAUUGAAGCGUUACCGCCGCAAGAUAAUCGGGGAACAGAUGGACUUUGACACACUCCUUAAAUUCAUCAACGAGCUUUCUGGGCAUAUUGACCUCGAUUCUGUGCUCAGAGACGCGGAAGCUCUGUGCAUAUGUGCGGGCGAAAAUGGUGCUGCUAGCAUUCCUCCGGGAACCCCGCCUUCUUUACCCGUGGACGACGGUAUGUUAUAUCCUCAACAAGAUGAAGUAUUGUAGUUACACUUUCGUCUUCUUCUUCAUGGCAUAUUAUCAAAACUCAGAUUGCCAAUGAACAGAUCCUUUUGUUUUGGUCUCAUCAUCGGUUGUAGAUUGUUAAGAAUUCUAUGCUUUUGGUGCUUAUCGAUGGGGAUCAAUGCUUCGUU